AUGAGUUCCGCCGGUAUAGUCACCAGCAUGCUCAACAAACUCCACGGCCAGCCCGACAGCUACGACAAGAAGUUCGUCCAACAACACACCCCCUGCAGCACUCCCACUGAUGUCGCAACCACAGAGNCCAAGUACAAGUUUGGCAAGACGCUCGGAGCUGGCACCUACGGCAUCGUCAGAGAAGCAGAGUCGCCUCAAGGAAAAUGCGCCGUCAAGAUCAUCCUGAAGAAGAACGUCAAAGGCAACGACCAGAUGGUCUACGACGAACUGCAGAUGCUCCAGCGCCUCCAACACCCCCACAUUGUCAAGUUCUUUGAUUGGUUCGAGUCAAGACUUGCAACUGGUGGAGAGCUGUUCGACCGCAUCUGCGAAAAGGGCCGCUUCACCGAAAAGGACGCUUCUGCAACCAUAAGACAGGUCCUGGAAGCCGUCGACUACCUCCACCAGAACGACGUCGUCCAUCGCGGUCAGUGCAAGACAUGGCUCCGGCUCCCUUCUCAUGCUGACCAUCUUGUACAGNAUCUCAAGCCCGAGAACCUCCUAUACCUCACCAAGGCCGAAGACUCGACUCUGGUCCUCGCCGACUUUGGCAUUGCCAAACAUCUCGACAGCCCCGACGGCGUUCUCAAGACCAUGGCCGGCUCCUUCGGCUACGCAGCACCGGAAGUCAUGCUCAAGAAGGGACAUAGCAAGCCUGUCGACAUGUGGUCCCUUGGUGUCAUCACCUACACUCUUCUCUGCGGUUACUCGCCUUUCCGCAGCGAGAACCUGACCGACUUGAUUGAAGAGACCAAGCACGGAAGAGUCGUCUUUCACGAACGCUACUGGAAGGACGUCAGCAAGGAGGCCAAGGACUUCAUCAUGACUCUGCUGGUGCCCAAGCCCGAGAACAGAGCCACGAGUUCGGUACGUUUGGGAGCAUCCCCUCGUCUGUGGGAGAAAGCUGACACGCGCAACAGCNAAGCACUCAAGAAUGCAUGGAUCGCCGGCAAGGGCGCAACCGACCACAACUUGCUGCCCGAGAUCAAGGCAUACAUGGCCAAGGCCCGCCUGAAGCGCGGCAUCGAACUGGUCAAACUUGCCAAUCGUAUCGAGGCACUCAAGAUGCAAGAAGACGAAGAGGAGGAUGUACCGCAGUCCGGAGAUGUGCCUGCCGGCGCAAAGGAGGCGGCAGGUGAGGCAUUGGCACAUCAGGAGCAGAAGCCACUGGAAGCCGGCCUCAAAGUACCAGAAGACAAGGGAGUGACACACAAGCGCAGUCUGAGCAAGCUCGCCAAGGGAGCCAUCUUCCGCGAGGUCGUUCUGGCCAAAGUGCGCGAGAUGAAGGCUGACGAGGAAGCACAAAAGAUUACGUCGACGGGCAGUUUCGAGAAGGAGAAGGAGAGCAAGUAG